UCCUGUACUUUUGAUGAUAAAUCUGAUUUAACCUAUUCACGUGUACGGAUUGUACGAAAGACGCAACGGCAAUAAUUAAAAAUUUCGAGUACAAUUGGCAUAUAAAAUUGGCUACGAUAAAUGUUAUAACAAGUUGGAAUCGCUAAGGUCGCAAAAACGCGCGUUAUUCCAAGCGCGUGGUUUAAACUUCCGUAGAGUGGCAUCAUUAAACAGCUUUAUUGUCUAGAAUUAUUCCCCUACUCUCGUCAUAACUAAAGAGAUGUGAGUCACGUUCAUUAAGUAUAUAACGGGUGGUCAUGCACAGUUCGCGGAAACUGGAAACGAGAUAAAGGACUAGGAUUUAAGAUUUCGCUACUAAGGAUUCGAUUACACGGCUGUGAGCCUCUCCGGUUUCGCUCGUCUUUGAUUCUUUUCUUGUUAAACGUACGAGAACUCUAUUUUCGUUCUUGGUUUCACGCCCUUCGUUCUGCAUUUUAUGCGCCUAAUCAAUGCGCCUAUUUUCUCCGUAAAUUAAACGAACACAUUGAGUACUUUGUUCACACGUAUGUUAGUCGACGAUAAAUGAAAAAGAAUGUUUGAAGAGCCGAAGUGAAAUUGCGACGUAAGAGUGUGCCAGGGGCAUGCCUUGAUUCAACAUCAUCGCAAAUUAUCAUGGUUCUGCUGGAUCUCAUUAAGUAAAUUCGAUGCAGAAUGACGAGCUGUUAUUUAUAGGUCAAGCUCGUGACAGUGGCAGCCCUGAUUUCAUAUCUUCUCUUCUCACGAAAUUUCACGAUGCAUAAAUAUGGAUUAUUCGUUUAUAAUUCUUUGUCAAUAAUAAUAUAUGUACAUGUACGUAGUUCGUUCUAGAAGAUAUUGAGAUGAUGUUUAUCAAAUUAUAUGCAUUGUCUCUUGAUUAUCUUAUAGAUAUAUUAUUGUAGACUGUAAAGUUUUAUCAAAUUUGUAGUAAUUAGUAGUUAAGUGUAAUGAAUCUUGCAAGUAUUCUGUGCAGUGAGAAACAUGAAUGUAUAUAGUUUAGGGAAUAUUUCUCGUAUUUUCGAUAACGUGACAUCCAAUCGCAUAAAAAUACACAUUGUAAAGUCUGAAAUGUUCCUACGAUGUUUCAAUUUCAAUUUAAAUGAGAUAUAUAUAUAUUAUAUAUAAAUGUUUGAUUUAUAAGUUAAACAAUCCAACGGGAUGAAUGUACCAAUAUAAAAUAUCUUAUAACAAUUUAUAUUAGCAGGCGUUUAUCAUCGUGUACAGUUGCCCAGCCUGCUCCUUGAUAGCGUUUAUCACUAUAUAGCAGUAACGAGGAUUUAUUGUUUCUAUCCUUCUGUCAUUAAUCUGUGAUAAGGAAAAGAACUGGUGUCGUUUCUUUGCAAAUGCAAUUAAUUAGAUAAUAUUACAUUAUUUUCCGAUGACAAAUCCAUAUUAUAAGUAAUAAUAAGGUGACUCAAUCUUGAUGUUCUGCUGGACUGACAAUCAUGACACGACUAGGAGGCAGAGCCUCUUUAAUGAUCACCAUAAUGAUCAGUUUUACUCUGUUGAUUGUUAUUUAUCAUAUUCUCGAUAAUGAGGUCAAGGACAUCACGACCAAUAAAUUAAAUCCGCAGUUUAAGAUCGAAGAGGUUUAUCCACUGAGUGAUCUGACCGAGAAUCCUCUUAGCAUUGCCAGAAAAAAACAAAUAGAGGCUCAAAUAAUGGGAAAAUUGAAAAGUGAAGGAGGAAAGUUAUUCAACGAUAUUAAUUAUGAAAGAUUGCACGCAGAAACAGUUCCCCUGUUUAAGGGACAUAAAAUCGUGCAUUUAGAUUUAAAAGGAGCUCCUCCAAAGGCAAGUUAUUACAAGUACCUGCUAAAUUUGCUCAAAAAUUUAGGUGCCACUGGUAUACUUAUAGAAUACGAAGACAUGUUUCCUUUUGAAGGAGCGAUACAAAAUAUCAGUGCAGGAAAUUGCUAUACUAGGAAGGACAUUGCAAAAAUUCAAACGAUAGCCAGUAAGAAUAAGCUUAUAGUCAUACCAUUGAUUCAAACUUUCGGUCAUAUGGAAUUUGUUCUCAAGUUAGAUCAAUAUAAAGACUAUAGAGAGGUUUCGAGGUACCCGCAAGUUUUAUGCCCUACUUACAACAAAACUCUACCAUUGAUAUACGAAAUGAUAGACCAAAUAGUAGAAGCACAUCCUGAUAUAAAGCAUUUGCAUAUUGGAGCUGAUGAAGUUUAUCAGAUAGGAGAAUGUUCUAGAUGCCUAGAUACAAUGGUUAAAAGACAGUGGGGCAAGAAACAAUUAUUUCUGGAUCAUGUUUCAAAAGUGGCAAAAUAUAUAAAAAAUAAGUAUCCAGAUCUUGUUGUUCUUAUGUGGGACGACGAAUUUAGAGAAAUAUCAUCCGAUGAAAUAAUAGACAGAGGCUUGCAUUUAUUGGUAGAGCCUGUUAUUUGGAAAUAUACCACCGAUCCUGGAGCAUCAUUGACAGAUCAAUUGUGGAAGAACUAUGCGUCGGUUUGGAAAGAUGUCUGGCUCGCUACAGCUUUCAAAGGUGCUACUGCUCCAGAUAGAUAUUAUACCGAUAUUGGUUAUCAUAUGGAAAAUCAUCAGCGUUGGUUGGAGAUUAUCAAUAAAUAUUCUAACGAAAUUAAAUUUAAGGGUGCGAUAUUAACAGGGUGGCAAAGGUACGAUCACUUUAGCGUACUGUGCGAACUUCUGCCAUCUGCUAUACCCUCGCUUGCUGUAAAUUUAGCGAUCCUGCAAGCUCCAGACUUAUGUAGAUUUCCGAUAGAAGUACCUACUUCAGUAUUACAAGCGCUAGAGUGCGAGGGCAUCAUUUCUCUAAGUAUUCCAGAACCUCAAUACGGUUGGACCAGAUGUAGUUAUCACGGUGUAUCUAUUUAUGCUGCUAUAUUGCGGCUGUAUUCUUUGACUCAAGCAGUUAGUAAAAUGGAAGAGGAUAACACAUUUAAGGGAUGGUUGAAACCGUACAAUUUAAAAUAUUCUUUUUCAAAUCCUAGUCACGUAGAAAGAGCGGUUGCAGAACUGGAUAAACACAAGACGGAGAUAAAGUAUAUUGAAAAAGAAAUUAGAACAGCUAUGGAAUACAUAUAUGACAAUUAUACUAUACAAGAAUGGAUAGAAACGUAUAUCGCUCCUUUGAACGAGAAAUUCACUCAACUAUGGGAGGCUAAAGAAAAGAUUUUAGAAAAGAACGUAUGGCCAAGAAGACCACUAACAAAACCUAUCUUAUAGUUUAAUAAAUGAAUAGUUUCCAUAACGUGUAAUAUGAGACUGAAGAUCGCACUAGAGUAAAGAAAAGAAGCGAUGUAUUAAUCGAGACACUUAGCAUCUUUGUUUUAUAAAGAGACGAGUAAUCGAUGGUAUAUAAAGUUUACCAAAACUAUAAUUUUGCACGUUAUAUGUCUAAAAUAUAUAGAAUAUACUCUAUAUCUCGAUUCAAGCGGGUGAUCAAAUUCUAUCGACUGCACCGUCCGUAAAUUAGUUUUCCUUUUUUCCUUCUUCGAAUCGUCUAACAAACAUUCGAUUGAACACUUGAUCAAUGAAAACUGAUCUUAAUUCGUGCACUCGAAGAGCGAACUAAUUAGAGUUUUUCAACUAACACUUCUAGAAUAUGGGUUUAAAGUUUGAAUUUCUAAUAUCGUAUAUAGUUUCGAUGCAGUGUUAAUUUAAAAAUUGAUCCUAACGUUGAUUAAUUAUUCCAUCUUCUGAAUCGUUACGUCACUAAUUCCUAAUGAAAAGGGCUCCACUAACUUAGUUGCUAUUUAUUAACAUGUUUCACCGUUUAACACUUCCGACGGGCAUCUUACGUUUAUGUUAUUCAAAGCUAAUUGUUCUAAGAAUACGCAUACACCGCGAUCUUACUCAUUCUUGUUUGUUAAAUGACGUGUUCUUCCGUUGUAUGCAUUCUGUUUUGUAUAUUUGUUUUCUCUUUGCAUAUAGUUUUGCAUGAUUAGUGCCAUUAACAAUUAGUUAUAGAAAAGAACCUGUGAAUCAACAAUUUAUAAAAAUAGAGGUACAUCUGCGAGUCGUUUAAUAUGGACGAACGAGUUUUCUCUCGGUCUUUAAAACGCGAAUAAAAAUUUAUUAUAUUUGUUUUAUUUAAUCUUACGACGUUUAAAUGCGAUUAUAGAGCUUCCUUUAUCCCGUGAUUUUUUUCACGGAUUAACUCUCAAUAUUGAACGAUCUUUUCUCGCCAGCAUUUAUACAUGUAUGAUAAAAUUACCGAGGACUUGAAUACAAAUCUAUGGCAUGUACUCAAUCAACAGUGUAUAUACAUCACUGUAACGAACGAUGCUACUAUUAUUGUACAAGUAUUUUUAACAUUGUUACGUCGAUCCAUAUUAACAUUAUUACCGCAAGUAGUAAGAUUUUAUCAAUAAAUAAAUUUGUUUUUAAAUCUA